AUGGCUCUUGUCUCUGUGUCCGUAGUGACAGCCUUGCUGGACUUGCACAGUCUCUGGGCUCUGGUGCUCGUUGGUUUGGUUGUGCGUGCCAUCGUGCGGAGAUAUUGGACACCGAUCAGAGAUAUCCCUGGCCCAUUUCUGGCAUCGUUCUCGAAAUUAUGGCAGGUUUACCAGCUAUGGAAAGGGCAUAUUGAAGAAGAGCUUAUUUGUUUGCAUAAAAAACAUGGAUACUUUGUUCGCAUUGCAGAAAAUGAAGUCAGUGUCUCUCACCUAGACGCAGUCAAACAACUUCUGCACGCCAAUAUUGCUAAAGGUCCAUGGUACGCAAUUUUCAGUCUACCAGACUACCGCUAUGUCAACCAAAUGUCCGAACUAAACCCCCGCCGCCACAUCGAAAAAUCCCGCAACAUUGCUGCCAGCUUCGCACUCUCAAACAUAAUCAAAUCUGAACCGCACGUCGACGCAAUCCUACUACAACUCGAAAGCCGCUUAGACGAACUAAGCAAAUCCGGCGAAGCCGUGGACUUCGACAAAUGGUUCAGCUUCUUUGCCUUCGACGUCUUGGGCGAAGUAACAUUCUCCAAGUCCUUCGGUUUCACGGAGACAGGUACGGAUAUCAGAGGUGCUGUUGCAAAUACUAAAGCCCUGGCGUUGUAUAUUGCAGUCAUGGGUCAUUAUACCUGGUUCCACAAUUUGACGCUGGGGAACCCACUGCUUAGUAGCAUUGGGGUUCAGCCCUCGUCUCAUAUCUUCGAUACAUGUCUUGUGGCUAUCGAUGCCAGGAAGAAUAAUCCUGAAACAAGGAACGAUAUGAUGCAGCGCUGGCUUGAUGUUCGAGCUAAGUGUCCGGAUCGUAUGGCAGAAAGGGAGCUUUUCGCUGCAGCUGUUGGUAAUAUUGGGGCUGGGGCUGAUACUGUCGGGGCUACUGCUCAGGCUUUUGUGUAUUACCUGCUGCGUCAUCCGGUGUAUUUAAAGCAGCUGCGGGAUGAAAUUGAUGCUUUUCAGGCACGGGGAGAACUUUCUGCUAUAGUUCAGUACAACGAGGCGCGAAAUUUGCCGUUUCUUCAGGCUUGUCUGAAAGAGACCUAUCGUUUCCAUUCAGCUGUUGUUGGUGGUCUUCCUCGAGUCGUACCACAGGGUGGGAUGAUUAUUGCAGGCAGAUACUUCCCAGAAGGGAUUAUCCUGAGUAUCAACACCUGGGUCUUCCAUCGAAACCCCAAGAUCUUUGGCGAGGACUGCGAUAGCUUCAAACCUGACCGCUGGCUUCAGAAAGAAACCGAAAAAAUUAAUCCAUUUUUGAUUCAUUGGGGAGCCGGAUACAACCAAUGCCCCGGACGUAACCUCGCCCAUUUUGAACUCUCCAAACUAUUAGCCACCUUAAUCAAAGACUACGAUAUUGAGCAAGUGGACACUAAAAAGGAAUGGGUAUUCAAGAGCCAGUUCACAGCUGUUCCAUCUGGCUGGCCAUGUACGAUUCGACGACGCUCGAAUAAAUAG